GUUAAACCCUUGGAGACCGCUGUGCAUUACUUACUCCAUGAAUGCCCGGAGGCGUAGCUGUAGGUUUGAGCCUGACAGAGCAUGAGGAACCAGUAGUGUCUGUUUCACAUGUCUAUGGGGAAAAGAUUCCUGGGCACAACCUGACAUUUGUUCCGCCUUCUUCAGACCACAGUCCAGAAGUUGAGCCUCAGCUCCAGGUAGAUUAACAACACAUCUACAACAAGCUGAACACAGUUUUUACCAACACAGACUCUGGUGUGGAGCAUCAGGUGCAGACAAACAGACUACACCCUACUGUGGAAGUGCUCAUACAAAUCACAGUGGAAAACUGAGGAAGAAGCAUGUCCACAGACGAGGAGCCCACGUUCACAGUCAAGCUUCUGCAGCUGCUGCUGCUGUCCACCUACUGGGGAAUGCAGAUUUGGGUCACAUUCAUUUCAAGCUUUGUGAUGGACAACCACCUGAACAGACACACAUACGGGUUUAUUCAGAGUCGUCUGGUCCCGUUUUACCUCCACCUAGGAUCAGCUUGUGCCUUCUUUAACCUCACUAUCUAUGCUGUGUAUCAUCCCAGUGACAUGCUGGAUGAAAGAGAAUCCUUUCAGAUCUUCAUCUUCUUUGUGUCUGUGACAGUCGCGGCCGUCAAUGCUCAGUGGUUUGGCCAAAUGACAUCGGAGAUCAUGGCGGAUAUGCACCUUAUUGAGCAGGCGUGCGGACUAGGUCAGGAUAUCGGCCUGUCCUCCAACCGUGAAGCCUAUGCCAAGCUGUGUGAGACUGAUGUCAAAUACAGACACCUCAGCAGUCGUCUGUGGCUGUACAGGCUGUUGUCCUCCCUCUGUAACCUCUGCUGUAUAGGCUGCAACUUCUACAGUCUGUGUUACAUGGCCGAGAACCUUGUUACACUCUAGGACAGACACAGCAGCUGGACUGUUUUAACUGAUGACACUCCUACAGAUCCUUACAAAGUGUUUUUGUAUUGAAACCGUAAGUUAUAUAUAUUUAAUUCAUAAUGUCCUCCCCUCUCUGUGCUCUAGAGGGUAUGAGCUUUGUCAAUGUUGUGCCUUGGAAAAUAAUGAAAAGAUGAGACACCGUAUUUAGAUUUGUGCCUUAGUUUUUAAGGGUGUUAUGAUCAAUAAUGUGGCGUUUUCCUCAAACAGUGUGGAGACAGAUCACUUCCCGCAGUGUGAGUAAUGCCUCCUCUUUCACCUUGUGGCUGCUUUUUAUUGUGAUGUUGAGUAGAGAUUCUUCUUUAUCAUGAUUGCAGUUUGUGACAGCACAGGAGCCAAAAAGUGGAAUGUUUUAAAACUGAUCAUUUCAGAUACCAGUGCAGAACAACUGAGGUUAAAGCACCUU